UUACAAUUUCCUCAUAGUCUUUUGGUAUCAGUCAAUAUAUAUAUAUGAGACUCUCCCUACAUUCCAUGCAAAUUUCAUAGCAGCUGAACAAGCUUUCUACAGCGCAUUUUCUUGACAGAGUAGACGUCAAAAAGUACAAGCAUGAGGGCAAUUUUCAUCACAACCAUACUACUGGCAAGUUGUCUGCCUUCUGAUGCUUUUUUGUUUAGGAGAAGACGGAACUCUGCAACUGCUUCGAGUUCUUCCAUCACUAACUGCUACUGCACAAUGGUGAAAGGGAAUCUCGUCGGUACUGACACUCCCCUUAGGAAAAGAAGUGUUGAAAUGAGUGGCAACCGUUACGACGUCAGAUUUCAAGUUGAUCCGUGCAAUUUCAAAACGUAUGACAUUGACCAGAAUCUAGAAAUCACUAAAAGUGAACUCCAUGAUAUAUUUGGGGACGACGAAAAGGUUAAUGCUCUGUUCAAAGCAUUAGAUUCUCCAAUAGUUGAUGGCGUUAUAGAAGCGGAAGAGUUCUAUUCAAUGGCACCAGAGACCAUCGUUGCAUGCGCGGACUAUGACGAGUAACAUCAAUAUUUUCGUACGCGAGAAAGUUGUGGUUUCUGCGAUAUAACAUCGGACAUUCUGCACGAUAUAGAAUAACUGAUAUAGUGACAAUGUUAGCACCAAGUGUUAAGGAUUUUUUCUUAUAAAAGAAAGUUAUUACCUUUUGUUUGAAGAGAACAAAACUGUGUUUUUUGUUGUUUUUUUUUUUUCAAAAUGAUAGCAGAAGAUGGACCGCAAUUGAAAGUAUACUCACACGAAUUUUCAUUUCAUGUUAACACGUUUCCUAACCAUAAUAAUAAUAAUUUCUUUCUCAUUGCUAAAGUCAAUACUUACCUCUGUAUCAUGAAAGAGUUUUCCUGGAAUAUAAGAAUAUUUAUUGAAGCAGUCCGUAAAAGGUAAAGGUUUCUUGUUUAGCGUAGGUUGUUCAUGAAAAUCCACAUCUGAAAUGAUUAGAAAAAUUUUAGUCGAGCCCGCAACAGGUGUUAUAUUUAUCUCCCGCAGCAUCAGUCUAGGCUGGUACUGCUAGAAACAGUAUCGGCAUUGAAACAUAUCAAACGGGAAUAAUACCCGUAUGUUUGGCAGUGUAGUCUGAUCUGAUAACGACUAUACCACUGACUCAGUAACAAGCGGUUAAUUGGUUAUGAUGGAAAAACAACUUUAACUACGUAUCUUUGGUGACAUUUCAUGAUUGUGUAAUAUGAUGCUUAUAUGCAAACACAAUUUCGUCAUUAUGAAAAAAUAGCAGACCUUACUUUUUUUAAAGUCAAUUUGACAAGUUAUUUCAGAUAGUAUAUAUCAUUCAAAAUAUUUAACAGGAGAGAGGGAGAGAGAGAGAGAGAGAGAGAGAGAGAGAGAGAGAGGGAGUGAGAGAGCUAAAACAUGUCCAUAACAAAUAAGUUUUCGAUGUCUUGAUAUGCAGUGUUACUAAGUAAAUGAUAUGUUGAAUGUUACAGUGAAGUUUGCAAUGUGACCUACUUUGAGCCUUGACUUUUUCUCUUACUAAUAUUGUUGACUGAAAAUUUUUCUAACUAUAAUAAAAUAAAUCUAUCCAAACUGCAAA